GUAAAUUUUUUACAGCUAUUCGGCUAGACAAGGCAUUGAUGGCACGAUUAUGUGGAAUGUUGUGCACAUGAAAGUGGUGUAUAUCGUGGUAAAGUGUGUAUUUUAGAAAUUUCGCAUUUGCAGCUGUAACUCUACCUAUUUAAAAAUGGACAAUGAAAAUGCAUCUUCGUCUGUUAAUUUUAUACCGUGUGUGAAAUGGGUGAGAAAAGGAGUUGCGAAAGAAAUUCCAGAGAAGGUUCAGUUAACAGAAGAGGAACUGCAGGAAAUAAUUAACCAAACUAAAACUGAACUUAGGACUGUGGAGGCAGAUGAGGACAGUGAAAAUAAAGGAACAGAUGAGAUUCCAGUCAUAGAUGCAUCUGAUGAAUACAAUUUUGAUCAGUAUGAUGAAGAGAAGAUCAAGCUAGAUGCAAUGUUAGGUAUUGGCAAUUUGACCAUAUAUCCUAGCAACCGUGCGGACCCAUAUGUGACGCUAGAUGGAAAUGAGGACGAUGACAGCGAGAAGGAAGAUGACGUGAUCAACCCUAAAGAUAACUUGAUUCUUGUCGGUCAUGUGGAGGGUGACGCUAGCAUUCUGGAAGUGUAUGUUUACAAUGAAGAGGAGGGAUCCUUGUAUGUACACCAUGACUUGCUGCUCCCUGCUUUCCCACUGUGCAUUGAAUGGUUGAGCCAUGACCCAGGAGAGGGGAAGCCAGGGAACCUGUGUGCUGUGGGUAGCAUGUCCCCUGUCAUUGAUGUUUGGGACGUUGAUAUAGUCAACUGCUUGGAGCCAGUGUUCAGACUUGGACGUAGGGCGAACAAAAGGAAGGAGACCGCCAAGUAUGGCCAUCGUGAUGCUGUGCUGGGUCUCUCCUGGAAUGCCAAUGUCACUCAUGUGAUGGCAAGUGGUUCUGCAGACCGGACGGUGCUUCUGUGGGAUUUGAACUCUGGACAGAUUGCUGCUACUUUAUCAGCUUUUCAAGAGAAGGUGCAAACCCUUCAGUGGCAUCCAUUCGAAGGCCAGACUCUGCUGGUGGGCUCCUGUGACAAACUGGCUCGAGUGUUUGACUGCCGCAUGGAAGAUUCUCAUAGGGACUGGUCAGUAAGCGGAGAGGUGGAGCAUGUUCUGUGGAACCACUUCAGCCCAUUUCAUUUUCUUGUUAGCACUAACUCUGGAAGCGUUCACUGCGUUGAUUGUCGCAGUGAUGCACCAUUGUGGGAGCUUAAUGCCCACAGUAAGGAAGUAACAGGGGUGGCUUUGAGUUCCCAGUGUCCUGGGAUGCUGAUGACGGCAGGCGCAGAUGGGAAGCUGAAGACAUGGGACAUUCUGGAUGGAAAGCCUUCACUAGUGUACAGCCAGGAACAGAAAUUGGGUGCUUUGUUGUGUCUGGAAGCCUGUCCAGAUUUGCCCUUCAUCGCCUGUCUUGGUGGCGAGAACAAGAACCAUAAUUUUACUGUAGUUGAUGCCAUGGAUAUUUUUGCGGUUCAGAACAGGUUUGCAGAUCGGAAGCUUGUCUGCCCUGUAAAGUUGGAGGAAGCUGCCGGAGACGGCUCUUCGGAGGAAACAGCUGAUGAUAUGAUUGAAUCUCUGUCACUAGAGACCACAGAUGAAAACCAGCCAAGUUCCUCGAGGGUUACCAUGAAAAGCUUCCAGUCACACAGCUUGAAAAAAGGAGACGCACGCGGAAAAAAGAAGCGGGCGACAAAAAAGAAAUAUAUUUAACAAGAUUUUUGGCGUCAUGUUAAAGAGUUUUCCCGUGUUCUCAGUAUAAGCUUACAGAUAUAUUUGUGUAGUUACUGAAAUACAUUGUGGUCGAAUAUAAAGUAGCCUAAAAUGUAAA